AUUUGACGGAGUUGCACGGGGAGAGAAGACUGAUCCUAUCAUUGUCAAAGCCAUUGCAAAUUAGGAUAACAAAUCAUAUGAAAGACGUUGGGAGAGUGUCACUCUAAAGAAGCUUCAUCUGAUGUAAACAGGCCCCAUCACUGUGUCUGAGAAACGACAACAUGACUGAAGUGAUGAGCAUGGCGGAUGUGUCAACAGACACGAUGCAUAUAAACGACACAGAAAACACAAAUGACAUUGAUGAUGCUAAUGAAACAGAGAACAUGAGUGAUGACAAAAACACUAAAGAAGAACGCACAACAGGCUCAGCUGAAUGCGUGACUGAAGAGGUGGAGAUGAAGGAGGUUGCAGAUAAACCAAAGAAGACAGCAUCAGCGGAGCAGGAGGAGGAGGAGCCCGUGCAGGAGACAAAGACCACCUGCAGAGCGAGGAAGCGAGAGAGGGUUCAUAAAACAAAUGAUGCAAACAUCACUGAGGUGGACAAUAUGAACGAUGUGGCUGAUGAAUCACAUGACACAGAUUUGGCAAAUAUGUCAGAGGUGGCUUUUAAACAAGAGAAACUGCUUAAAACAUCAAAGCCUGUAAUGAGGAGUUAUGUACCCAAGUUGGGCAAAGGAGAUGUAAAGAAUAAGUUUGAGGCCAUGCAGAAAGCUAGAGAGGAAAGAAACCAAAGCAGAAGUCACGAAGAGCAAAAGAAACGCAGGGAUCAGUAUGUUAAAGAGAGAGAACACAUUCGCAGGAAGCAAAUGAUAAAGGAACUUCUCGCCUCCAGUGAUGAAGAGGAGGAGGUGAAGCCGACCAAGAUAGAGAAAUCAUACGUUCCCAAGAUUACAGGCAGCGUAAAGGGCAAGUUUGCAGAGAUGGAGAAACAGAGGCAGGAGGAAGAGAGGAAAAAAACAGAAGAGGAGAGAAAGAAGCGAGCCGCACAGGAGGCAAUUGAGACGGCCAAGAGUCAGAAAGAGUUGGCCAAGAAGGCACAGGCGGAAGGUGAUGACAGUCUUUUGGUAAGAGUGGUGCCCGCAAAAUCACAGAGACAACCAGGAAAGAUGAAGGUCAACUUUGAGGACAUAGAGAAAAACCGUGAGGAAGACUUAAAGAAGCGUGCAGAAGAGGAGAAGAAGAAGAGAUACGAUGAGAACAAGCUGUCUUUCCGUGAGGCGAAGAGACGCUCUAUGGUUGAACAGCUGGACGAUACAGAGUCUCCAUCUAAAGGGAAGGAGCACGUGACCCCUGGCAAAUUACGUCUGACCUUUGAAGAGCAGGAGAAAGAGAGACAGGAGCAGCAGAGAAAGAUGGCAGAAGAGGAGGCCAGACGCAGACUGGAGGAGGAGAAAAAAGCGUUUGAGGAGGCCAAGCUGGGCAUGGUCGAGGAUGAUGAGGAGAGUAAGAUCGUCCAGGGAGAGAAGGAAGAAUUUAGGCCUGGUAAGCUGCGACUCAGCUUUGAGGAGCUAGAAAGACAGAGGCUUGAAGAGGAACAUAAACGCGUGGAGGAAGAAAGAAAAAGACGCAUUAAAGAAGAAAGGAAGGCAUUUGCAGAAGCCAGAAAGAGCAUGAUUGUAAAUGACGACGAUGACAUCCUGCUGGCCAUGAUCAACUCAGACGGGGCCACACCUGGGAAGCUGGCCAUCAGCUUUGAGGAUCUGGAAAGACAGAGACAAGAAGAAGAGCAGAAAAGGAAAGAAGAAGAGGCCAAGAGACGUCUGGAAGAGGAGAAAAGACUUUUCGCAGAAGCUCGCAAAAGCAUGAGCCCAGGACUGGAUCAGGAUAAUAUGACCGCAUGUGGAGAUAAAGAAAUACAAGAUGAUGAUGAUACUCUGGUAAGGACAGAGUCACAGGAAGCAAUGUAUCCUGGAAAACUGGAAAUCAACUUCGAAGAGAUGCUAAAGAUGAAAGAAGAUGCAGAGAGGAAGCGCAAAGAGGAGGCCAGACGCAUGAAAAUGGAGAUGGAGAAGAAGGAGUUUGAACAGCUGCGGCAAGAGAUGGGCGAGGAUGAAAUUAAUGAAAGCACUGAGGUGGUGAGCGCCGAAUACGAAGAGCUGACAAAGCUGAAGCGGGCCGGCUCCAUCCAUGCCAAAUCCCUGAAGUCCAAGUUUGAGAAGAUCAAGCAGCUGACGGAGGAGGAUAUCCAGAAGAAGAUUGAGGAGGAAAGAGCACGGAGGAAAGAAAUCGAUGAGAAAAUCAAGGAGAGAGAGGCAGAGCGAUGUCAGGAGGAUGACAACGAGGACAAAACAACGCCAGCUAAAGUGGAGGACGCCCCAUUCAGACAAAAAGUGGACAUGCGCGCGCGGUUCGAACAAAUGGCAAAAGCCAGAGAAGAGGACCAGAGGAGAAAGAUCGAAGAGCAGAAGUUACAGAGGAUGGAGUUUGAACAACAAGAGAUUGACGCUGCUCUUCAAAAAAAAAAGGAAGAAGAGGAGGAAGAGGAAGGUAGCAUCAUCAACGGUUCUGCAGCCUACGAGGACGAAGAAGACCACGCCAGGUCGGGUGCACCGUGGUUUAAAAAACCCCUGAAGAACCAGUCGGUGGUGGACGCAGAGCCUGUACGAUUCACGGUGAAGAUCACAGGAGAACCCAAACCAGAGGUCACCUGGUGGUUUGAGGGUGAGCUGCUGCCAGACUCGGAAGACUAUCAGUACAUUGAGAGAGGAGAGACCUACUGCCUGUAUCUACCAGAAACCUUUCCUGAAGAUGAAGGAGAGUACAUGUGCAAAGCCGUCAACAGCCGAGGCACGGCCGCCAGCACCUGCAUCCUCACCAUUGAAACUGAGGACUACUGAUGAUCUCCUUCUCUGGAACUUUCCCAGACUUUAUGUUUUCUUUUUGUAAAAGUUCAUUUCUCACGGUAGGGCCAAAAACCGAGGAGGAAGGCGGGUAUUUCUUUUUUUGCCAUUCCUCCGAAAGAUACGCUCAACGAUUAAGUGCAAUCUGUUGUUUACAUAAGAUGUUGCACUCACGGUUGACAGAGAAACUGGGAUGAAGUUGUGCCAAAACACUGUUGCGUGAUCUUUUGCUGUUGCAUUACUGAAAACUGCAUAGCGUAACUGAAAACAAAUAGAGUACAGUACAACGUAUACCCACUAAAUCCUGAGGAAGAAUUUCAUACCCAUAAAAAAAUGAAUGAAUGAGACAUAUUGCUUAAGAGUUUGAUUCUGUGUUUGUUAUAGUCUUCCUGGAAAGGGGGCUGCUGUGGCAUCUCUUUUUGUUAAAUUCCUACAAGCACCUCUUUUCGGGCUCAGAUUUCUUUCCACUUUGUGAUUUGAGUAUUGCAAGUUUUUAAUUGAAUGUACACAUGGAGCUUUAAUAUCCCAAGGUGUAGUGAGUAAAUGUAAUGUAUGAAUAAUAGGCUAUUUAGGUGAUUUUAGGUAUGCAAAAUAUCUGUGUAAUGUACAACAUUAUAAUAAAAUCAAUAAA